AUGAAAACUAUCAUAAUAAAUCAAAAUACUCUGUGGCGGUUAAUAUCAAAGCAAAAAUUUAUUUUAAUAAACAAAAGUGACCAAAAUUUGUUUACGUGGUAUAACAAAUGUAGAAUUUUUAAAAAUUGGUGCAAAGGAAUAUAUAAAACAAAGGUAAUAAUACAACACAAAACAAAUUAUAUGCCAUGGCUACAUUUCAGUAACUCUGAGACAUUAUAUUUAUCUGUUGGUUCAGAGCUUCGAUGCUAUAAACUUGAUAGAAGAGGUAUACCUCAUAAUGGAUAUAUUUGGUCUUUUGAAGUGCCAAUAGUAAAAAGAGCAGAUGUACGCACUAAUGACAUUUCAAGAUUUGUAGUCAAAGACAACAUUAUUAUUUGUGGUAAUAGAGAUGGGUGUGCAGCGGUAUAUAAAUUAAAUGACAAUGAUCAUAAACCAAACCUUCUAAUUCAUAUAAAAGAUUGUCAUGAAGAAGGACUAGAAGAGGUAUCUGCAGUUGAAAAAGUUGGAAACACAAUUGUAACUGUCUCAAACAGAAGUGAUAGCAUAUGUUUUUGGCAAUUGGAAAAUAAUGAAAGUGAUGUACAAUAUAAAAUGCCCUCUAAUAUUAGUCGCAAAAUUGAAUAUCUCCUUCCUCAUCAAGUUUGCUGUCAAAGCAUAGCAGCCAAUAAGGCAGAAGAUAAAUUAGCUUUAGGUCCAACUGGGCAGGAUAAACCAAUGAUUCUUGAUGUAAAUACUGGCACAUUUACUAUGACUUCAUCAUCUAUAAAUUAUGCGACAGUCGUACGUGAUAUCCAUUGGCUAAAUGAACAGUGUGUGGCAUAUGUUACUUAUUCGGGAAAAGUGCAGGUUUUUGAUACCAGAAAUUCAAAUGUAGUAUACCAGACUACAGAUCCAUUUCUAUCGUCUUUAUAUUGUCUAAAAACUGAUUGUGACCGCACUAUAGUUACUGGUUCGUCGGAGUACACGCGAUGUGUUCUAUAUGAUCUACGAUCUAAAUAUCAUUUACAGAUGUAUUUUACACAGAAGAAAUCAUCUCCUGUCUACUGUCUAGAUUUUGAUUCCACUAAAUUAAUUGCUGCAGCUGAUCGAGGGGUGGCAACAUUAAACUUUAAUUUGAACAAAUCUUCAGCUCAUUGUCGUGAUUACUCUCAAAGAUUUGAAUUUGUAAAUAGA